GUGCGGCUCCACCAUGGCGGAAGGCGGUGAAGGCGAGGAUGAGAUCCAGUUCUUACGCACCGACGAUGAGGUGGUAUUACAGUGUUCAGCCACGCUUCAUAAGGAGCAGCAGAAACUGUGUUUGGCUGCUGAGGGAUUUGGGAACAGACUCUGCUUCCUGGAGUCCACCUCCAACUCCAAGAAUGUUCCUCCAGACCUGUCGAUAUGCACGUUCGUGCUGGAGCAGUCGCUGUCCGUCCGUGCCCUGCAGGAGAUGCUGGCCAACACAGAGGAGAAGGCCGAGGGGAAAUUCAUGAUGAAGACAGCGCAGGGCGGAGGUCAUCGCACUCUUCUCUACGGACACGCUGUCUUACUCAGGCACUCCUACAGUGGAAUGUACCUCUGCUGUCUGUCCACCUCUCGCUCUUCGACAGAUAAACUAGCGUUUGAUGUGGGGCUUCAAGAGGACACGACAGGUGAGGCCUGUUGGUGGACCAUACACCCUGCCUCCAAGCAGAGGUCAGAAGGUGAGAAGGUGCGUGUAGGUGAUGACCUCAUCCUGGUCAGCGUGUCCUCCGAACGUUACCUGCACUUGUCGUAUGGGAAUGGCAGUUUGCAUGUGGAUGCAGCCUUUCAGCAAACCCUGUGGAGCGUAGCACCGAUCUGCUCUGGGAGUGAGGUCGCUCAGGGCUUCCUGAUUGGUGGAGACGUCUUGAGGCUGUUGCAUGGCCACAUGGAUGAGUGUCUGACUGUUCCAUCUGGAGAGCAUGGCGAGGAGCAGCGCAGGACGGUGCACUAUGAGGGGGGAGCCGUGUCCACCCACGCCCGCUCCCUCUGGAGGCUGGAGACCCUGAGAGUAGCCUGGAGUGGUAGUCAUACUCGAUGGGGUCAGCCGUUCCGGUUACGUCAUGUGACCACAGGGAAGUACCUCAGCCUGCUGGACGAUAAAGGCCUGCUGCUAAUGGACAAAGAAAAGGCUGACGUCAAGUCCACUGCCUUCUGCUUCCGCUCAUCAAAGGAAAAGCUUGAUUUUGGACUGAGGAAGGAGGUGGAUGGGAUGGGUGUUCCUGAUAUUAAAUAUGGAGACUCAGUCUGCUACAUCCAGCACGUGGACACAGGGCUCUGGCUGACCUACCAGUCAGUGGACGCCAAGUGUGCUCGCAUGGGCGGAGUCCAGAGAAAGGCCAUAAUGCACCAUGAGGGUCACAUGGACGAUGGUCUGACCCUGUCUCGCUCCCAACACGAGGAAUCUCGCACUGCCAGAGUUAUCCGCAGCACAGUCUUCCUGUUCAACCGCUUUAUCAGGGGUUUGGACACUCUCAGUAAGAAAGGAAAAAGCUCCAUGCUGGAUCUGCCCAUUGAGUCGGUCAGUCUGAGUCUGCAGGACCUGAUUGGCUACUUCCAGCCACCAGACGAACAUCUAGAACAUGAGGACAAACAGAACCGGCUCCGAGCCCUGAAGAACCGACAAAACCUCUUUCAGGAGGAGGGAAUGAUAAACCUGGUGCUGGAGUGUAUCGAUCGCCUGCAUGUGUACAGCAGUGCCGCCCAUUUUGCGGACGUGGCGGGACGGGAAGCGGGAGAGGCCUGGAAGUCCAUCCUCAACUCCCUCUAUGAACUGCUGGCUGCUCUGAUCAGGGGCAACAGGAAAAAUUGUGCUCAGUUUUCCAGCUCACUAGACUGGCUGAUCAGUCGCCUGGAGAGACUGGAGGCUUCAUCAGGGAUUCUGGAGGUGCUGCACUGUGUUCUGGUGGAGAGCCCUGAAGCUCUAAACAUCAUCAAAGAGGGACACAUAAAAUCCAUCAUCUCUCUUCUGGACAAACACGGACGCAACCAUAAGGUCCUGGACGUGCUGUGUUCUCUGUGUGUGUGUCACGGUGUGGCCGUGCGCUCCAACCAGCACCUGAUCUGUGAUAACCUGCUCCCUGGCCGAGACCUGUUACUGCAGACCCGUCUGGUCAACCACGUCAGCAGCAUGAGGCCCAACAUCUUCCUGGGAGUGAGCGAAGGCUCCGCCCAGUACAGGAAGUGGUAUUAUGAGCUGAUUGUGGACCAUGUGGAGCCGUUUGUGACGGCAGAAGCGACGCACUUGAGGGUGGGCUGGGCCUCCACACCUGGAUACUCGCCUUACCCAGGCGGGGGUGAAGGCUGGGGAGGCAACGGGGUCGGGGAUGACCUUUACUCUCACGGCUUUGACGGACUGCACCUGUGGUCAGGCUGUAUUGCUCGGACGGUCAGCUCCCCAAAUCAGCACCUGCUAUGUGCGGACGACGUGGUCAGCUGCUGUCUGGACCUCAGUGCCCCCAGCAUCUCCUUCCGCAUUAAUGGCCAACCUGUCCAGGGCAUGUUUGAAAACUUCAACUCUGACAGCCUCUUCUUCCCUGUGGUCAGCUUCUCUGCUGGAGUCAAAGUGCGCUUCCUGUUGGGUGGUCGUCAUGGAGAGUUCAAGUUCCUGCCUCCAGCGGGUUAUGCUCCAUGUUUUGAGGCAGUGCUGCCUCGAGAGAAGCUGAGAGUGGAGCAGAGUCAGGAGUACAAACAGGACCAUGGAGGGACCCGGGACCUUCUGGGGCCGACGGUCACUCUCUCUCAGGCUGCCUUCACACCCACACCUGUGGACACCAGCCAGAUUGUGUUGCCGCCUCACCUGGAGCGAAUUCGAGAGAAACUGGCAGAAAACAUCCAUGAGCUGUGGGUCAUGAACAAGAUCGAGCUAGGGUGGACAUACGGAGCAGUAAGGGAUGAUAAUAAGAGGCAGCACCCGUGUCUGGUGGAGUUCUCCAAACUUCCAGAGCAGGAGCGCAGCUACAACCUGCAGAUGUCCCUGGAGACACUGAAGACUCUGCUGGCGUUAGGUUGCCAUGUUGGAGUAGCAGAUGAACGGGCUGUGGAGAAGGUGAAGCGUCUGAAACUCUCAGCAAAAUAUGAGCUGUCCAGUGGUUAUAAACCUGCUCCUAUGGACCUCAGCCACAUCAAACUGGCAUCUACACAGGAGGCCAUGGUGGACAAACUGGCAGAAAAUGCCCACAACGUGUGGGCCAGAGACCGUAUUCGCCAAGGCUGGACCUACGGGAUCCAGCAGGAUGUAAAGAACAAGAGGAAUCCAAGGCUGGUGCCUUAUGCCCUUCUAGACGAGAGAACCAAGAAAUCCAACAAGGACAGUCUGAGGGAGGCUGUGCGCACAUUGCUGGGUUAUGGAUACAACCUGGAGGCCCCUGACCAAGACCACGCAGCCCGAGCAGAUAUGAACAACAUGUCCGCAGAGCGUUUCAGGAUCUUCCGUGCCGAAAAGACCUACAGUGUGAACGCUGGGAAGUGGUAUUUUGAGCUGGAGGUGGUGACAGCAGGCGAGAUGCGGGUGGGUUGGGCCCGCCCGGGCUGCUUGCCUGACCAGGAGCUGGGCUCUGACGACCAGGCCUUUGUGUUUGAUGGGUUUAAGGCUCAGCGGUGGCACCAGGGGAACGAGCACUUCGGGCGUUCGUGGCUGGCGGGUGACGUGGUGGGCUGCAUGGUGGAUAUGAACGAGCACACCAUGAUGUUCACACUGAAUGGAGAGGUGCUGCUGGAUGACUCGGGCUCUGAACUCGCAUUCAAAGACUUCGAGGUCUGUGAAGGUUUCAUCCCGGUGUGCAGUCUGGGUGUGAGUCAGGUGGGCCGGAUGAACUUUGGGAAGGAAGUGAGCACGCUGAAGUAUUUCACCAUCUGCGGCCUGCAGGAAGGCUACGAGCCCUUCGCCGUCAACAUGAACCGAGACAUCACCAUGUGGCUCAGCAAGAGACUGCCUCAGUUCAUCCCUGUACCAGCCGGCCACGAACACAUCGAGGUCACGAGAAUUGAUGGCACAGUGGAGAGCUCGCCAUGCCUAAAAGUCACGCAGAGGUCAUUCGGUUCACAGAACAGUAACACGGACAUCGUUUUCUACCGCCUCAGCAUGCCCAUCGAGUGCGCUGAGGUCUUCGCCAAAUCCGCUGGCGGGACGCUCCCGGCUAACGGCAGCUUCUUCUCCCCCAAGAAGGACCUGGAGGAUUUCGAGACUGUGUCGGACUUUGAGGUGCUGAUGAAGAGCGCUCACGGCCACAUGGGUUCAAACGGGCCGGACAAAGACAGGGACGAGUUCAACAACCAUAAGGACUACAAUCAAGAGAAGCCCUCCAAACUCAAACAGAGGUUCAUGCUGAAGAGGUCGAAGCCUGACUUCAGCACGAGUAACUCUUCAGCUCGUCUGUCUGAGGAGGUGUUGGCUGAUGAGAGAGAUGAUUACGAGUACCUCAUGCAGACGUCCACGUACUACUACUCGGUGCGGAUCUUUCCGGGUCAAGAACCGUCCAGAGUGUGGGUUGGCUGGGUGACCUCGGACUUCCACCAAUACGACCCGGCCUUUCAGCUGGAUAAAGUCAGAACGGUCACAGUCACCCUCGGCGACGAGAAAGGCAAAGUUCAUGAGAGUAUUAAGCGCAGCAACUGCUACAUGGUGUGGGCCGGAGAGAGUAAUAACCCCGGUCAGGGCCGUAAUAAUAACGGUCUGGAGAUCGGCUGCAUGGUGGACACAGCCAGCGGCCUGCUCACCUUCACAACCAACGGCAAAGAGCUCAGCACUUACUACCAGGUGGAGCCCAGUGCUAAACUUUUCCCUGCAGUGUUCGCUCAGGCCACCAGCCCCAAUGUCUUCCAGUUUGAGCUGGGACGCAUCAAGAACGUGAUGCCGCUGUCAGCAGGCCUGUUUAAAAGCGAGAAGAAGAACGCUGUGCCUCAGUGUCCGCCACGCCUGCACGUCCAGUUCCUCACACCAGUGCUCUGGAGCCGAGUGCCCAAUCAUUUCCUGAGGUCAGAAGUCACCCGGGUCAAUGAGCGGCACGGCUGGAUGGUGCAGUGCAUGGAGCCGCUGCAGUUCAUGUCCCUACAUAUACCUGAGGAGAACAGGUCGGUGGACAUCCUGGAGCUGACGGAGCAGCGGGACCUGCUGAAGUUCCACUAUCACACCCUGCGCCUCUACUCUGCCGUGUGUGCGCUGGGCAACAACCGGGUGGCCGGCGCCCUCUGCAGCCACGUGGAUGAGUCGCAGCUGCUGUCGGCCAUCCAAAACAAGUACAUGCCGGGCCUGCUGCGCACAGGUUACUACGACCUGCUGAUUGACAUCCACCUGAGCAGCUACGCCACGGCGCGCCUGAUGAUGAACAGCGAGUACAUCGUGCCCAUGACAGACGAGACCAAGAGCAUCACACUCUUUCCAGACGAAAAGAAGAAGCACGGCCUGCCCGGCAUCGGUCUCAGCACCUCACUGCGCCCCCGCAUGCACUUCUCCUCGCCUGACUUUGUCAGCGCUGUCACCGGGAGCAACGGAUGCAGCGUUGCUGGGGGCGACUGCUUCCAGUACAGCCCUGAGUUUCCCCUGGAGACGCUGAAGAGCCGCACCAUGGAGAUGCUGACUGAAGCAGUGCAGGAGGGUAGCCUGCACGUUAGAGAUCCAGUAGGGGGCAGCACCGAGUUUCUCUUUGUGCCACUCAUUAAGCUUUUCUACACGCUGCUGAUCAUGGGCAUCUUCCACAACGGAGACCUGAGGACCAUCCUGCGGCUCAUCGAGCCCAGCGUCUUUUCACAGGACUCUAGGACUGAGGGGACGUCCAGAAUGCCAGACAAGGAUGGUAGUCCUGCGGAAAGUCCCGCAGGAGGCCUCAGAGGAGGAGAGGAGGAGGCGAGAGCGAAGGGAACCUUACCCAAAGAGGGGCUGCUGCAGAUGAAGCUGCCCGAACCGGUCAAACUGCAGAUGUGCCACCUGCUGCAGUAUCUGUGUGACUGUCAGGUCCGGCACCGUAUCGAGGCAAUCGUGGCCUUCUCUGAUGAUUUUGUGGCUAACCUACAGGAGAACCAGCGCUUCCGCUAUAACGAGGUCAUGCAGGCGCUCAACAUGUCGGCCGCCCUGACCGCCCGCAAAACCAAAGAGUUCCGCUCACCGCCCCAGGAACAGAUUAACAUGCUGCUGAGCUUUAAGGAUGAAAAGCAGGACUGUCCCUGUCCGGAGGACAUCAGAGACCAGCUGCUGGAAUUCCAUGAGGAUCUAAUGAGCCACUGUGGUAUAGAGAUUGAUGACGAUAAGGCAGGUGAAGCGGACAGUGAUUUCACCAUCAGAGGGCGUCUGAUGUAUCUGGUGGAGAAGGUGGCCUACUUGAAGAAGAAAAUGGCUGACAUGCCAAAGAAAAAAAAAGCCAAGAAACCCAGCACUCUGCAGCAGUUAAUUUCGGAGACGAUGGUGCGCUGGGCGCAGGAGUGUGUGAUAGAGGAUCCAGAGCUGGUGCGAGCCAUGUUCGUGCUGCUGCACAGGCAGUAUGAUGGUAUCGGAGGGCUGGUCCGAGCGCUACCCAAAACAUACACCAUCAAUGCUGUCUCUGUAGAGGACACCAUCAACCUGUUGGCCUCUCUGGGACAGAUCCGCUCACUGCUCAGCGUCCGUAUGGGCCGUGAAGAGGAAAAACUCAUGAUCCGUGGCCUCAGCGACAUCAUGAACAAUAAGGUGUUCUACCAGCACCCGAACCUGAUGAGAGCUCUGGGCAUGCAUGAGACCGUCAUGGAGGUCAUGGUCAAUGUACUGAGUGGAGGAGAGUCCAAGGAAAUCACAUUCCCCAAGAUGGUGGCCAACUGCUGCCGUUUCCUGUGCUACUUCUGCCGUAUCAGCCGUCAGAACCAGAAGGCCAUGUUUGACCACCUGAGCUAUCUGCUGGAGAACAGCAGCGUGGGUCUCGCUUCUCCGUCUAUGCGUGGCUCCACUCCGCUGGAUGUAGCUGCUGCCUCUGUGAUGGAUAACAACGAGCUGGCCCUGGCGCUGAGGGAGCCGGACCUGGAGAAAGUGGUUCAGUACCUGGCGGGCUGUGGGCUGCAGAGCUGCGUGAUGUUGGUGUCUAAAGGUUAUCCUGAUAUAGGCUGGAAUCCCGUGGAGGGAGAGCGAUAUCUGGACUUCCUCCGCUUCGCUGUCUUCUGUAACGGUGAGAGUGUGGAGGAGAACGCUAACGUCGUUGUCCGGCUUCUGAUUCGUCGGCCUGAGUGCUUUGGCCCCGCCCUGCGUGGUGAGGGUGGGAACGGGUUGCUAGCCGCGAUGGAGGAAGCUAUUAAAAUAUCAGAGGACCCCAGCCGAGACGGACCAUCCCCUACAUCAGAGGACAGCAAAACACUCAGUGAUAUGUUGGAGGAUGAGGAGGAUGACACCAUACACAUGGGUAAUGCCAUCAUGACCUUCUACGCUGCUCUGAUUGAUCUGCUGGGCCGCUGCGCUCCGGAGAUGCAUCUGAUCCAUGCUGGUAAAGGGGAGGCGAUCCGUAUCCGGGCCAUCCUUCGCUCUCUCAUUCCCAUCGAGGACCUGGAAGGAGUCAUCAGCAUUCCCUUCCCCAUGCCGACUCUCGCUAAAGAUGGUUCUGUGGUGGAGCCAGACAUGUCUGCUGGGUUCUGUCCGGAUCACAAGGCUGCGAUGGUUCUGUUUCUGGACCGUGUUUAUGGUAUUGAGGACCAGAACUUCUUGCUUCACUUGCUGGAGGUCGGCUUCCUGCCCGACCUCAGGGCCGCCGCUUCUUUGGAUACGGCUGCUUUGAGUGCUACAGACAUGGCUUUGGCUCUGAAUCGGUACCUGUGUACGGCCGUGCUGCCUCUGCUGACCAAGUGUGCCCCUCUGUUUGCCGGGACGGAGCCGUUCGCCUCGUUGAUUGACUCCCUGCUCCACACCGUCUACCGGCUGUCCAAGGGCUGCUGCCUCACCAAAGCCCAGCGGGACGCCAUCGAGGAGUGCCUGCUCGCUGUGUGUGGCAAACUGAGGCCUUCGAUGAUGCAGCAUCUGCUGAGGCGUCUGGUGUUUGAUGUUCCCUUGCUGAACGAGCACACUAAAAUGCCCCUAAAGUUGUUGACUAACCACUAUGAGCGGUGCUGGAAGUACUACUGCCUGUCCGGUGGGUGGGGCAGCUUUGGAGCAGCAUCUGAUGAGGAGCUGCACCUGUCCAGAAAACUCUUUUGGGGAAUCUUUGAUGCCCUGGCCAGAAAGAGGUACGAUGCAGAGCUGUUUAAGUUGGCUCUGCCGUGUCUGAGUGCCGUAGCUGGGGCUUUACCUCCAGACUACAUGGAGUCCAACUAUGUGGCCAUGAUGGAGAAGCAGUCAUCCAUGGAUGCAGAAGGCAACUUUAACCCCCAGCCUGUUGACACCAGCAACGUGAAUAUUCCUGAGAAGCUGGAUCACUUCAUCAAUAAAUACGCAGAGCACUCGCAUGAGAAAUGGUCAAUGGAGAAGUUUGCUAAUGGCUGGGUGCACGGGGAGCAGCUGUGUGAGGCAUCUAAAGUUCACCCCCUGCUGAAACCUUACAAGGGGCUGUCUGAGAAGGAUAAAGAGGUAUACCGCUGGCCUAUCAGAGAGACCCUGAAGACCAUGUUGUCGUGGGGCUGGAGCAUAGAAAGGACAAGGGAGAGUGACCCGGCCAGCUUACACAGCCGCACUCGCAGGAUAUCUCUCUCCAGCCAGCUGUCCAUAGAGGGCGCUCAUGGAUUCAGCCCCCGUCCGGUAGACAUGAGCAACGUGACUCUCUCCCGGGACCUACAUUCAAUGGCAGAGCUGCUCGCUGAGAACUAUCAUAACAUCUGGGCUAAAAAGAAGAAACUGGAACUGGAAGCCAAAGGUGGAGGGAGCCAUCCGUUACUGGUUCCCUACGACACUCUAACUGCCAAAGAGAAAUCCAAAGACAGAGAAAAAGCACAAGACAUCCUCAAGUUCCUGCAAAUCAAUGGAUACACUGUAUCGAGGGCUAUGAAGGAGCAGGAACUCGACACCCCGUCCAUAGAGAAGCGCUUUGCCUACACGUUUUUACAGCAGCUCAUCACCUAUGUGGAUGAGGCCCAUGAACACAUGCUGGAGUUCGAUGUUAGCACGCGACCAAAAGGAGAGAAAAUCCCUCACGAGCAGCAGAUGAAGUUCUUUGGAAAGGUUGUCCUGCCUCUCGUUGACCAGUACUUUAAGAACCAUCGGCUCUACUUCCUGUCUACUGCUGUCCGUCCGAUUGGCAGCGGAGGCCACGCGUCCAAUAAGGAGAAAGAGAUGGUGACCAGUCUUUUCUGCAAACUGGGAGUUCUUGUCAGGCAUAGGAUAUCUCUGUUUGGAAACGAUGCUACCUCUAUUGUGAACUGCCUUCACAUACUGGGACAGACACUGGAUGCCAGGACGGUGAUGAAAACAGGUUUGGAGUCAGUGAAGGCGGCUCUGCGGGCAUUUUUCGACAACGCUGCCGAGGAUCUGGAGCGGACGAUGGAGAACCUGCGGCAGGGUCAGUUCACGCACACCAGAAGCCAACCCAGAGGAGUCACCCAAAUCAUCAACUACACCACUGUGGCCCUGCUGCCUGUUCUCUCCUCACUGUUUGAACACAUCGGACAAAACCUGUUCGGAGAGGAUCUUAUACUGGAUGACGUCCAGGUCUCCUGCUAUAGGAUCCUAAACAGCCUCUACUCUCUUGGCACCAGCAAAAGCAUCUACGUAGAAAGACAGCGGCCUGCUCUGGGCGAAUGUCUGGCUGCAUUUUCUGGAGCGUUCCCUGUGGCUUUUCUGGAGCCUCAUCUUAACAAGUACAACAGCUACUCCAUCUAUAACACCAAAGGCUCCAGAGACAGGACAGCCUCUGGCCUUCCGACCCAGGUGGAGGAGGUGUGUCCUCUGGUGCCGUCUCUAGAAAAAGCUCUGGAGGAGAUUAUGGAGCUGGCGGAGUCGGGGAUGCGCUACACUCAGAUGCCCCACGUGAUGGAGGUAGUUCUGCCCAUGCUGUGCAGCUACAUGUCCCACUGGUGGGAGCACGGACCCGAGAGCAACCCGGAGCGCUCCGAGAGCUGCUGCACCUCCCUCACCUCUGAACACAUGAACGCCCUGCUGGGGAACAUCCUCAAGAUCAUCUACAACAACUUGGGCAUCGACGAGGGCGCGUGGAUGAAGAGACUUGCGGUCUUCUCUCAGCCCAUCAUCAGCAAGGCCCGGCCACAGCUGCUGAAAACUCACUUCCUGCCGCUGAUGGAGAAACUAAAGAAGAAAGCGGCCACUGUGCUGCUGGACGAGGAGCACACCAAGGCUGAGGGGCGGGGCGAGAUGUCUGAGGCCGAGCUGCUCAUCCUGGACGAGUUCACCAUCCUGGUGCGGGAUUUGUACGCCUUCUAUCCACUCCUCAUCCGCUUCGUCGACUACAACAGAGCAAAGUGGCUGAAAGAGCCGAACCCGGAGGCUGAGGAACUGUUCCGCAUGGUGGCAGAGGUCUUCAUCUUCUGGGCCAAAUCACAUAAUUUCAAACGGGAGGAGCAGAACUUUGUCGUUCAGAACGAGAUAAACAACAUGUCGUUCCUCAUUACUGACACCAAGUCCAAAAUGUCCAAGGGGGCAGUGUCGGACCAGGAGAGGAAGAAGAUGAAGAAGAGAGGAGACCGGUAUUCCAUGCAGACGUCCCUCAUCGUGGCUGCUCUGAAGAGGCUGCUUCCUGUGGGGCUGAACAUCUGUGCUCCUGGAGACCAGGAGCUAAUCGCUCUCGCCAAGAACCGCUUCACUCAGAAAGACACAGAGGAUGAGGUUCGGGAGAUCAUCCGUAAUAACCUCCACCUGCAGGGCAAGCUGGAGGACCCUGCUAUUCGCUGGCAGAUGGCCCUGUACAAAGACAUGCCGAACCGCAGUGAGGACACAUCAGACCCUCAGAAGACUGUGGAGAGAGUGCUGGACAUUGCUCAUGUGCUCUUCCAUCUGGAUCAGGUGGAACAUCCCCAGAGGAGUAAGAAAGCUGUGUGGCACAAGCUGCUGUCCAAGCAGAGGAAGCGGGCAGUGGUUGCCUGCUUCAGGAUGGCCCCUCUAUAUAACCUGCCCAGACACAGAGCGGUGAACCUGUUCCUACAGGGCUAUGAGAAGUCGUGGAUUGAGACAGAGGAGCAUUAUUUUGAAGAUAAGCUCAUAGAGGAUUUGGCUAAGCCAGGUGGAGAGGAACCGUCAGAGGAGGAUGAAGGGAUCAAACGCAUUGACCCCCUGCACCAGCUCAUCCAACUUUUCAGCAGGACAGCACUCACUGAGAAAUGUAAACUGGAAGAGGACAGCCUGUACAUGGCCUAUGCUGACAUAAUGGCUAAGAGUUGCCAUGACGAGGAGGAAGACGAGGAAGAAGAAGUGAAGAGUUUUGAAGAGAAAGAGAUGGAGAAGCAAAAGCUGCUGUACCAGCAGGCCCGGCUGCACGAUCGUGGCGCAGCUGAGAUGGUGCUUCAGACCAUCAGCGCUAGCAAAGGUGAGAUGGGACUGAUGGUGGCAUCCACACUAAAGCUUGGGAUUGCUGUACUCAAUGGUGGGAACUCUACUGUGCAGCAGAAAAUGCUGGACUACCUGAAGGAUAAGAAGGAUGUGGGAUUCUUUCAGAGCCUGGCGGGACUUAUGCAGUCCUGCAGUGUUCUAGACCUGAAUGCUUUUGAGAGGCAGAAUAAAGCUGAAGGUCUGGGGAUGGUGACGGAAGAAGGAUCAGUCAUCACCCAUGAGCGUGGCGAGAAGGUCAUGCAGGACGACGAGUUCACGUGCGACCUGUUCCGCUUCCUGCAGCUGCUCUGCGAAGGACACAACUCAGAUUUCCAGAACUAUCUGAGAACACAGACAGGAAACAACACAACAGUUAACAUCAUCAUCUCCACUGUGGACUACCUUCUAAGAGUACAGGAGUCUAUUAGUGAUUUCUACUGGUACUAUUCUGGGAAGGAUGUGAUUGACGAGCAGGGUCAGCGUAAUUUCUCCAAGGCCAUCAACGUGGCUAAACAGGUCUUCAAUACUCUUACGGAAUAUAUUCAGGGUCCUUGCACCGGGAACCAGCAGAGCCUGGCACACAGCCGCCUGUGGGACGCUGUGGUUGGUUUCCUCCAUGUUUUUGCUCACAUGCAGAUGAAGCUGUCCCAGGAUUCGAGUCAGAUUGACCUGCUGAAAGAGCUCAUGGAUCUCCAGAAGGACAUGGUCGUAAUGCUGCUGUCUAUGUUAGAGGGAAACGUCGUGAAUGGCACGAUUGGAAAGCAGAUGGUGGACAUGCUGGUGGAAUCUUCCAACAACGUGGAGAUGAUCCUCAAGUUCUUUGACAUGUUCCUCAAACUGAAAGACCUUACAUCAUCAGAUGCCUUCAAAGAGUAUGACCCAGAUGGGAAGGGGGUCAUCUCCAAGAGAGACUUUCACAAAGCCAUGGAGAGCCACAAGCACUACACGCAGUCCGAGACGGAAUUCCUCCUCUCUUGCGCCGAGACGGAUGAGAACGAGCUGUUGGACUAUGAGGAGUUCGUUGAGCGCUUCCACGAGCCGGCCAAAGACAUUGGUUUCAACGUGGCUGUCCUCCUGACCAACCUGUCGGAACACAUGCCUCAUGACUCGCGACUGCAGACGUUCCUGGAGCUGGCGGAAAGCGUGCUCAACUACUUCCAGCCCUACCUGGGCCGCAUAGAGAUCAUGGGCAGCGCCAAGCGGAUCGAGCGGGUCUACUUCGAGAUCAGUGAGUCCAGCCGCACACAGUGGGAAAAACCACAAGUGAAGGAGUCCAAACGCCAGUUCAUCUUCGAUGUGGUCAACGAAGGCGGCGAGAAGGAGAAGAUGGAACUGUUUGUUAAUUUCUGCGAGGACACCAUCUUUGAGAUGCAGCUGGCCGCACAGAUGUCCGACGCCGGAGAGCGCUCAGCCAGCAAAGAUGAGAGCGAGAGGGAGAAACCCGAGGACGAGAGCCCUGAGAUGGGCUUCUUUUCGGUUACUACUGUACGCACAGCUCUGCUGGCCCUCCGCUACAACGUCAUGCUCCUGAUGAAGGUGCUGUCCAUGAAGAGCCUGAAGAAGCAGCUGAAAAAGGCCAAGAAGAUGACGGUGAAGGACAUGGUGACCACGCUGGCCUCCUUCUACUGGAGUGUACUCAUGGGUUUGCUCCAUUUCGCCUUUAGCGUGGCCCGGGGCUUCUUCCGCAUCGUCUAUAACAGCUUCUUGGGCGGCAGCCUGGUGGAGGGCGCUAAGACAAUGAAGGUGUCAGAACUGCUGGCUAACAUGCCGGACCCGACGCAGGACGAGGUCCGAGGUGAGAGUGAGGAGGCAGAAAGGAAACCAACGGACAAAACCUCACCUGAGGAAGAUCUGGCAGACCUCGCAGUGGCCACGGACGACACUGACCUGCUGUCGGAUAUAUUUGGGCUGGAUCUGAGACGGGAGGGCGGGCAGUAUAAACUAAUGCCCCACAACCCCAAUGCCAGCCUGACGGAGCUGCUCAAUACACCAGUGCCAGCACCCCCUACGCCCUCACCUGAACUCCGCAGGAGACACCAGACAAAGAGUUCGUCUUCAUCUACCGAUGAGAAAGAAGGGACGGAGGAGACCAAGUCCAUUCCUGAGAAAGCCGAAGGAGAGGAUGGGGAGAAGAAGGAGAUGCAGAAAGAAGUGCUCCAAAAACGGAAGUCUCGGCAGCACCACUCGUCCAAAUCGGACGAGCCUGAUCUCCAGGAGUCUGCCUUCUGGAAGAAAAUCAUCGCUUACCAGCGCAAGCUGCUAAACUAUUUUGCACGGAAUUUCUACAACAUGAGAAUGUUGGCUUUGUUUGUGGCCUUUGCAAUUAAUUUCAUCCUGCUGUUCUACAAGGUGUCCACGUCCUCAGCAGUGAUAGAGGAAAAGCAGGUUAUUUACAGUGCAUCCUCAGACAGCGGGCUGCGUUGGGACCCUCUGAAUGACUCACCCGCUGACCGGCCUGUAACAGUGCACUUCGUACUGGAAGAGAGUAGCGGCUACAUGGAGCCGACACUGCGCAUCCUGGCCAUCCUCCACACUAUCAUCUCUUUCUUCUGCAUCAUCGGGUACUACUGCCUUAAGGUUCCCCUGGUGAUCUUUAAGAGGGAGAAGGAGGUUGCCAGAAAGCUGGAGUUUGACGGGUUGUAUAUUACGGAGCAGCCAUCAGAGGAUGACAUCAAAGGCCAGUGGGACAGACUGGUCAUAAACACACAGUCUUUCCCAAACAACUACUGGGAUAAAUUUGUAAAGAGGAAGGUGAUGGAUAAAUAUGGAGAGUUUUACGGUCAUGACCGAAUCAGUGAGCUGCUGGGGAUGGACAAAGCUGCGCUGGACUUCAGCGACGCCCAUGAGAAGAAGAAACCGAAGAAAGACAGUUCGCUAGCUGCUGUGUUGAAUUCUGUGGACGUCAAGUACCAGAUCUGGAAGCUGGGAGUCGUCUUCACAGAUAACUCCUUCCUGUACCUUGCCUGGUACAUGACCAUGUCCAUAUUGGGCCACUACAAUAACUUUUUCUUCGCUGCUCAUCUGUUGGACAUAGCCAUGGGCUUUAAGACACUGAGGACCAUCCUGUCUUCUGUCACUCAUAAUGGCAAACAGCUGGUCCUGACAGUGGGCUUGCUGGCGGUGGUCGUUUAUCUCUACACUGUGGUGGCCUUCAACUUUUUCCGCAAGUUCUACAACAAGAGUGAGGACGGAGAGUCUCCGGACAUGAAGUGUGAUGAUAUGCUAACGUGCUAUAUGUUCCACAUGUACGUGGGUGUGCGUGCUGGUGGGGGCAUAGGUGACCAGAUCGAGGAUCCAGCCGGCGAUGAGUAUGAGAUUUAUCGCAUCAUCUUUGACAUCACCUUCUUCUUCUUCGUCAUCGUCAUCCUCCUCGCCAUCAUUCAGGGUCUGAUCAUCGAUGCAUUUGGCGAGCUCAGAGAUCAGCAGGAGCAGGUGAAGGAGGACAUGGAAACCAAGUGUUUCAUCUGCGGAAUUGGAAACGACUAUUUUGACACGGUUCCUCACGGCUUUGAGACGCACACCUUACAGGAGCACAACUUGGCAAACUAUCUAUUUUUUUUGAUGUAUCUCAUUAAUAAGGAUGAAACGGAGCACACAGGCCAGGAGUCCUACGUUUGGAAAAUGUACCAGGAGCGCUGCUGGGAAUUCUUCCCGGCCGGAGACUGCUUCCGCAAACAAUACGAGGACCAGCUCAACUAACACAACCUUACACACACAACCACAACCACACACACACAUACACACCCACACAAAUACACACAAACACACACAGAGAGACUUCUGUCCCUUGGACUUUGUUUCUCCGUGAUGGUUGCGGAGAAGGGACAACGAAGGCUUUUGAGAUUCUGUACAUACUGCUCCACUGUCUACCUGUACCCAGAAUACACUGGGGCAGAGUGAGAGAGAGUGAGGGAGAGAAAGAGAGAGAGAGAGAGAGAGAGGUUUGAGUCCUUAAAGCUUCUCCAUUCUACAUUUGCUUUAUUAAACUCACCAAAGCAAGCAAAAAAAAAGAGAGAGAAGGAGAGGGGGAGCAUGAGCGAGGUAUGUGUGAAGGAGGAAGGAGGAGGAAGGGAAGGGAACCGGCACUUCCUAAGAGGAGGAGGGAGGAAUGAGAGAGAAAGAAGGAGCGUGUGAGUGUGUGAAGUGGUAUGAACGAAUGCGAUCAUCUCACACAUCCUUGGCCUCUUUGUUUGUGUUUGUCAGGAUGGAGGGAUGAUAGUGAACGCUGGAAUGUAUAUGGACGGAUGAGUGGAUACAAAACAGGAAGGCAGGCACCCUGAUAUUGGCCCGGGGCAACAGAGGGGACACAGUGCCUUACCAAGCAAAGGGUGAGCUAUGCAAGGUAGGAUAGAGAGAGAGAGAG